AUGGUGGAAGCAGAGGGUCCUCUUCUCUCUCCGCCAUCGGAGCCAGCCUCGACUGUCCCACUGGGUUCCUCGAUUCGUACCACUCCCAUACACCCAGACCUACCUGACGUUCAAGUACCAGGAGGGCCUCUUCCCGUUUACAGCUACCAUCCGAUCACUUGCGAACCCAUCGAAGAUCAAGAUCUCCUCUCGGAGCUCGAGCAGCUGCGUCAAGAGUUUCCUUCUAAAGAAGCCGCGCUGAGAGCCCAAGAACAAGCCGCCAAAGAAGCGAGAAGGAGAAUUGAAGAAGCAGAAAAGAAAAAAGAACAGGUGCAAAAAGCGAUCGACAAGAAGAUUAAGGAACGAGACACGGAGAUGAAGGUGUUGUCGAAAUAUCGGGAAGUCAGGGCAUCGGAUAUUCCAACUUGA